CUCAAUCAACACAAAUUAAGUUGAAAAAUCGUCAAAAUUGGCCACUCAAUUGGAGCACCCGUCAAGCAGCACUCGAGCGGUGUGAGUCCCCUGUUUGCACCCAAAAGGGGUGCUUGCGGUCCUACAUCGUAAAGUUACGCCUUUUUCAUAUGAAAUACGUACAUGCAUUAAAAGUUGGCAACCGCGUCGUUCAGGUUGUGUCCUUUACCUUGUAAAUCCUCAACUACUAGGUGUCUAUGGAGAACUUGUAACUUGGAAGGCAGAGAGAUCUAGAUCUGCAAAUCAAUGGAAAGUAGUACUCUUCCCUUUACGUUUAUUGUUCUUAACUUGGUCUUUUUCUGCUUCCAAAUCUCCUUAGCAGUUGACAGCAUUACUCGAUCACAAACUGUCACUGAUGGCAGAACCUUAGUUUCCAAAGACGGAAGCUUUGAACUUGGUUUCUUCAGUCCCGGGAGUUCCAAGAGUCGUUACUUGGGAAUUUGGUACAAGAAAAUCCCAGAUACAGCUGUCGUUUGGGUUGCAAACCGGGUUAACCCAAUCAAUGACUCAUCUGGGAUUUUGGCAAUAAACGGCAGGGGCAAUGUUCUCCUCCUCGACAGCAGCAAGACGGUUGUUUGGUCUACAAACUCUUCGAAACAGCCUCAGAAUCCAGUGUUGCAACUCCUAGAUUCGGGAAAUCUUGUCUUGAGAGAUGAUGGGAAAGAUGGAAAUUCAGACAACUAUUUGUGGCAGAGCUUUGAUUACCCAUCUGAUAUUUGUGGCAGAGCU